AUGGAGAGGCCCGCUCCCAAUACUAAUUGGGUUCAUGUAAUGGAAAAUCUUGAUCAUGAGGGUUUCACUAUUCCUGAUGAACCAGCUUUUUGUUUACUGAUGUCUGUAUAUGCCCGUGCUUGCAAGGAACCAUUUCCACUUCAUGCUGUUUGUGGGUCACUGUGGACAAAUAUAGAUGGGCAAAUAUCAUUAUUGAGGCAUGCAGUUUUGGCUCCUGCUGAUAUGUUUACAUUUUCACACUGUUCAAAUCAGCUGGCAUUUCCUGACUUAGCUAGUAUUAGUCCGGGUAAUCAUGCUUGGUACUGCCUUGACCUUCUGGAGGUCUUAUGCCAACUAGCUGAAGUUGGAGAUGAUGUUUCAGUGCCAUUGAUGCUUGAGUAUCCUUUGGAACAUUGUCCUGAACUAUUACUUGUUGGUCUUGCACAUGUCAAUACCGAGCGUAACCUUCUUCAACAAAACGUGAUGUCCCGUGUAUUCUCUAGUGUACUAAAGGACACUGCAAAAAGCAAUGUAGUGAAGCAUCUCUGGGACAUUAAUCCCAGCCUUACGCUUCGAGGGUUCGUUCAUGCUCAUUCUGAUCCACAGAGUCUUCUGAGAAUUGUUGAUCUAUGUGUUGAUUUAAAGAUCCUAUCUGAUGUCAUUGAUUCUGCUCCAUUUGCAUUCAGCAUUAAAUUUGCUGCUGCUGCUUCAAGGAAAUACCAUAGCCAUGUUAAGAAGUGGCUGAGUGAAAAAUCAGCUGUAUACAAGGGCCGUUUUCUUGAGGAAUGUGUUAAAUUCGUGAAAGAAAUUGUGAGCAGCACUCCAAUAGAACAACCUCAAGCUAAACUUAUGAAUAUGUAUUGGGGUUCCUUGCCGCUCUUUGUAGAGGUUUGCCAGUCUUGCUUAGAAGAGCUUGUGUCCACCCAGAUAUUGGAUGAAAACUCUACCGUCCCCUCUGACACAAUUUGUAAAAAACUUGAGGAACAAGUCAGAGAGAUGACUGGGAAAUAUAUAUUUCAACGUAAUUGUCUUGAUGUAGUUGGAAAUCACAUUAACACGCUAUUAAAGGAAUGCCGGUCAUCAAACGAUCUUAUUACUGGAGAAGAACAAAAGGUUUCUCAUUUGAAAAAACACAUAUGGACAUAUCCUUAUCCUCAUCAAACCCAUCCUGAUCAUUUUGAAACAGAAUUUGGACCUGUUAUAAAGGAAUUGAAGGAUCUGAUUAAAUCAAAUGAUAGCACAUUGAAAUAUUUGUUGAAGGGAAUAUCUCGUUUUUGUAUUGGCGAUGAUUCAUUUCGUCAAGUGGAUGACAUAUUUGUGAGAAACAAAGAAGCUUCGAAGAGAGCUGGUGCUAUAAUUUGCGAGUAUCAUGAUUAUCUCUGCAGAUUUAAUGUUGAGAUCUCAUGGCUUGAUGGGGCGGGAAAGCAAAUUGAGCAAAUUCAUCAGCUUUUAUCAGGUUAUUCUCCUGUUUCGGCAGAAUUGAGAAGUCACAUUCGUGAGCUCAAGACAAGAGUGCGUGUUCUUCCAAAGGAAUGCCCCCAAAAUUUGUACUCACGCUGUGAAGCUUUAGAUGAAUUGGGCAAACUUUGGGUUGACAUUGACAUAUUGUCAAAGAAGCUGAUAUCACUUACAGAAGCUGCUAAAGACCUAUGUCUUAGAUCGAAAAAUCAAAGGAUCCUUCUGAUUGAGAAAUGUCAGUAUGCUACCAGGUUUUUCAAUAGCGACGAUCGCUUAAAAGAAGAAGGUUCCAAAGUGUGCGAAGAAUUAUAUGGUCUUGAGUUUGAGGUGGAGCAAGCAGCGUUUUGUUUUUCCCAGAAGGUGCCUGAAUAUACCCAGGAUUGUCAUACAAACAUGAAGUAUGAACAGAUAAUUCUUGACAAUGCUAAGUCCUGGAGAACUAGGCUGCUGCUUGGGAGAUAUAUAUUAGGAGAGAUGAGAAUACAGGGACGAGACAUGUGUUCCUUUGUCUCGACUGUGGUCAUGACAGAGUCGCUCAACAAAAGAGAAACAGCUCGUCGCCAUGUGCACUCUGGUCCACGGUUGAGGCCCAAAGAAUUUGACAUUAAACUCUCUGAGCAUCAUCUUCUAGAUACUAUGAGAGAAUAUUGCGUCAAGAACAAAAGAAGUGGAAAGGAGAAACUGGAUGUCUGCCUGGAAAGAAUGGUAGAAUCAGGUGUUGUUAGUGAAAGUGCAUACAGCAGACCUGAUGCAGCAGCAACGGAAUCCACUCGAUACCACAUAUCUGGGUUUAAAAAGAUGAAGGUAGGGAAAAAUCAUGCUGAGGCUUUUCAUAAAUUGGAUGACGGCAAGGUUUUGGUUGGGACUUUUGGGAUUACGAAAGGCUAUUAUAGCCUAGGGCCAGAUGAUCUGUACGAUGUCCCAAAAGAAGCUUUGUUGGAGACAAGUCCAGCUGGGAACAAGCUCACUCACGCCGUUGUUCUAGUGGGUUAUGGUGUGAGCCCUGAGGGUGUUGCAUAUUAUGCAUACCAAAAUUGGUAUGGACCAGAUUGGGGGAAAGAUGGAUUCGGCAAGGUAUCCUGUCGUAGCAUCAGGCAGCUAUACUCUGCAACGUUGUAGAUAGCUGUGAUUACUUAAUGAGCGCAGAGCAGAGGAUGCUUGGCAGUAUUUUCCUCCAACCAAGUGAUGUGAGGUGUGUAUGGAAAGCACCGUACAAUGAAUCAGCGUUGUAGCAACGAGGCCGUCCACCAAAUUCGCAACUUACGAUGUCCUUCCUAUGAAGGAACUGAAUUUUGAAUGUUAUGAAGUAUUUUUUA